CACGUCGCGCCAAGCAUGAGGCACCGGACGCGGCCAAGGCCCUGCGCACCGUGGUGCUGGGCGCUGGCGCUGCUGGCCCUGGGCGGCGCGGGGCUGUGCCACGCCGGCUCCCAGCCCCGGACACCCCCGCGGCCCAGCGCCAGGAGCAAGAACUGGUGCGCCUACAUCGUGCACCGGAACGUGAGCUGCUCGGUGCUGGAGGGCAGAGAGAGUUUUAUUCAGGCGCAGUACAACUGUCCCUGGAGUCAGAUGCCCUGCCCGUCCGCGUUGGUGUACCGUGUGAACUUCAGACCCAGAUAUGUCACCAAGUUCAAGACGGUAACACAGUUGGAAUGGAGGUGCUGUCCUGGCUUCAGAGGGGUAGAUUGCCAAGAAGGUCCCAAAGACCCUGGGAAGUCUCUGCGUCCCACUCCUGCUGCUCGAAACAACAUGAAGAAAGCCACAGACAAUGAGCCAAGUCCAAUCUCAGAGCCAAAGAAGACUUUGUUAUCAAAUGGUGCAACACAGCCAAGUCAGACAACAGAUCCAAAACAGGGCCCCCAAGAACUUCAAAACAAGAAAAUCCAGGUACUUGAGGAAAAGGUUCUCAGACUCACUAGGACAGUCCUGGAUCUCCAGUCUUCCAUUGCUGGAGUGAAUGAAAACCUUAAACAUAACAUUCAGGAUGAUCCCAGCAAAACGGCUUCAUGGCUCAGUAACCUGCACCCCGAGUCAGGGCCUGGAAGUGCCAUUAGUAGAGACACAGACAUGACUCCUCUUCCUGAAGUCCCCAGUAAGGAACCUGGUAUGAAGGACAUUAAGUCUGAAUUGGCUGAAGUCAAGGAUGUUCUAAAGAACAAGAGUAAUAAGCUGGAGGAAUUGGAUGGGAAAGUGAAGGGUUAUGAAGGGCAACUCAAACAGCUCCAGGAGGCUGCCCAGGGACCUACAGUGACCAUGACAACCAACGAACUCUACCAAUCCUAUGUAGAUAGCAAAAUUGAUGCCCUGAGAGAAGAGCUCAUAGAGGGAAUGGACAGAAAGCUGGCAGAUCUCAAAAACUCUUGUGAGUACAAGUUGAUUGGCCUCCAACAGCAGUGUGAUGACUAUGGGAGCAGUUACCUGGGAGUCAUCGAGCUUAUAGGAGAGAAGGAAGCAAACCUGAAAAAAGAAAUUAGUGACCUUCGAGCCCAGCUGCAGAAUUCUCCAGCUCAGUCAAACUGCUGUGACAGCAAAAAGAGUGCUGAUUUUGCGCAACAGAUCCAGAUGUUAGAACAAAAAAUUGAUAGAGUUGCUGAGGCCACCAGAAUAUUGAAUGGAAGACUGGACAAUGAGUUUGACCGCCUCACAGUUCCAGAGCAGGAUGUAGACUUUGAUGCAAGGUGGACUGAACUGGAUGCUCGGAUCAAUGUGACAGAGAAGAAUGCGGAAGAACAUUGCUUUUACAUAGAAGAAACCCUACGGGGCACCAUUAAUGGAGAGGUAGAUGAUUUGAAGCAGCUUCUGGAUGAGAAGAUAAAGUCUCUGGAAGACCGUCUGGGGAACAUACUGGAGAUGGCGAACAGCACCGAUGAAAACUUCCCUCUGCCAGGCCCUGAAAUAAUCCCGAGUGUGUCAGGAGCUGGGAAUGAGCAGUUUAUAACGGAAUUAAGCCACCUGAAGAACAAAGUACAAGAGGUUGAGGAUAUUUGCCUACAGAACUUCCCUGGGAUAGGAGAUACUUGGCUAACUGGAGAAGACCACUCAACGGAUGACCAUUCCAGCCUUUUGAAAUUGCUGAAUGACACCAUGUAUGGGAAGUUUCAAGAAACUGAGCUCAGCAUUCAGAAACUCCAGCAUGAUUUUUAUUUUCUUUAUUCUCUACUAAACCAUACAGAAGAUGGGACACAUCCUCUUCAGAAGGAAGCCAGCAAAGAAAGGUCUAACACUGGAGUAGGCAGCUCUUCUAAGGAAGGCAAGCAAGGAAGGACAGUGGCACCCCUCCCGGUUCCUCAGUUCCCCACAGCUCAUUGCUGUGAUCACUGGGAGGAGAGGUGGCAACAGCUACAAAGCCAGGUCCUCUCUGGGUUGAACACUUGUAAGGAGAAUGCACAUGGGGCCCAGAGCGAGGUCUCUGUGGUUGAAGACCGAGUGUCUCAACUGGAGAAAACCUGCAGCAAACUGGACAACAUCUCCGGAAGCCUCCAGAGGAUCAAGGAAGGGCUCAACAAGCAUGUCAGUAGCCUGUGGAGCUGUGUGAGGCAGAUGAAUGGGACUCUGCGGUCACACAACAGAGAUAUUUCUGGCCUGAAGAAUUCUGUCCAACAAUUCUAUAGCCAUGUUUUUCAAAUUUCUACUGACUUGCAAGAUCUGAUUAGAUUUCAACCACCAGGAACUGAUGAACCUUCAGAAGCCCCUCAGACUCCACCAUCUGGGAAGGCUCCAGAAGGAUCCACGAAAGCCCCAGACCCAAUGCUGCCUGCAGCUCCUACUGCGCCUUCUCACCCAGAACUGAGCCCGCAGCCAGGGGCACCACCCCCUCCCGAAGAUCCUGGGAAGCAGCUGCCCGGGAAACCCCCGAAGCCGCUGCCACCACCAGCCUGGCCUGGCUGGACAGGACUAGCCUUCUUGCCUGGCUCUUCAGGGGACAUCGUGGAGACAGGGGAGGCCGGGCCCCCUGGAAGGAUGGGCAUGUCAGGAAAGGGCCUGCCGCAUGGUGUGGAUGGCCAGAUGGGACAGGGGUCCGUCCCCAGUGUUGAAGGCUAUGCAGGAGCACCAGGGUACCCCAAGUCAUCGACCAUGGCCUCUCCAGGGCUUCCAGCUCCAUCCGUGGUGUCUUUCUCAGCGGGGCUAACCCAGAAACCCUUCCCCAGUGAGGCGGGUGUGGUUCUCUUCAACAAAGUGCUGGUGAAUGAUGGGGACAUGUACAACCCCGAAACAGGGGUCUUCACAGCUCCAUUUGACGGGCGCUAUCUGAUUACAGCCACCCUAACACCUGAGAGGGACACCUACGUGGAGGCCGUGCUGUCUGUGUCCAACGCUAGUGUGGCCCAGCUACACACUGCCGGCUACAAGAGAGAGUUCUUGGAAUAUCACCGGCCCCCUGGGGCUCCACACACUUGCGGGGGCCCCGGGGCCUUCCACCUGAUUGUGCACUUGAAGGCAGGAGAUGGCGUCAAUAUCGUGGUGACCGGAGGCAGGCUGGCCCACACAGACUUUGACGAGAUGUAUUCCACAUUCAGCGGGGUCUUCCUCUACCCGUCCCUUGCACAGCUCUAGGCAGCUGUCAGAAGACAAAAGCUUUAAUAUAUUCCCUUAGUGAAUGGAACUGGAGCACUGGUCCAGUUUUGGUCAGACAGCAGCCCUCCCCUAAGAUAGAAAAAUCUGUCCUGACUGCUGAACUCCUCCACUCAACAGGCCAGCUGUGAGGAAAGAGCCCUGGUAGUCUGCUCUGGUAGUCUGCACAGAAGAGCCAGAACAGCCCUUGCCUGUGAGCUGUCAUCGAGGCUAAGGGCAGCUGGGCUAGCGACUAGGGGUGUGGGUUAGGGCACAAACCCAAACCUGUUGCUACUGUCUACCAAAGGGCAAAACCACGGCAAAGGUCCAUUUCCACUUACACUGCACGCAGGAGGGCAAGUUGAAACACUGAAGUGCUGCUGUACUGGGUGCCCCUGCACAGACAAGCCAAGGCUGCCCUGGGGUGGGUGAUCUCAGGCUGGUACCUCUGAGGAGACAUGAGAAGGCAGCAGGCUGGGCUCCUUGAAUGACAUGCGCAAUUCAAGUGCAAAGACAUGGAGUGUCAAUAAAGACAUAAAACCACUUUGUGUUA